CGUACGACUUUCUCUUUAUUCGCAGAGGUUAUGAGAUACGCAGUCGACAAUGCAUGCACUGGUUAUAUAUGCAUCGUUAGUAUUACUUCAGUAAACAACUUCUGUAAACAACUAACAAUUAUUAAUGACGUGCCCUACCGUACCACCAUUCAAUGCCAAUGGGUUUGCAACUGUCCACCCAGAUAGCAAACGAGGGAUGUGGAGAAAGCUUGUAUCUCGAUGGAGCGUCGGAUAUUCUUACACAUGAUACGUCAGAGUAUAUCUGUAUGUCUGAAUCAUCGACCAGGAUUAGUGCACCUCUGUCUAACAACCGGAAGAUUCUAGAAGGACAGUUUGCAAUGCUCGCGUGUGAGAAGUGCGGGGAUUCCCUUGGGAAGAAAGGUAGCAACUUGGGACAGACAAAGCGAGCUUUCUGUCUUAGCUGCUCCUGUGGCGUGGGUGCGAGCAACGACAGGAAAGCACAGCCGACAAAACCCAGGAGAGACGCACGAAUGCAGGUGACCGGACGGCAGAAAAUUUCUGAAUCUGUCAAGAAAAAGCAUAAAGUUGAAGGCAAAGACAAGGGGAAACAGAGCCUAAACAACAUGGAAAAUUAUACUAUGUAUAAAGCAGACGGCUUCAUGUGGGAUGACAUGCUCUCAUCGCCGAACACGGAGGCAGCUUCCGUGUCGUCGUUCAAACACGUGGCGAUGAGUGAAGUGUGGAACAGCAUGACCGUCGGCAUGAAGGUCGAAGUGGAGAACAGCGACUGCGACAUGACGACCGACGCUUACUGGAUCGCCACCGUCAUGAAGAUAGCAGGAUACAAGGCCAUGCUGCGGUACGAAGGCUUUGGCAUGAAUGCUUCAGCUGACUUCUGGUUGAAUCUGUGCACGACAGAUGUUCAUCCGGUUGGCUGGUGUGCCGCCCAGGGCAAGCCUCUAGUGCCCCCUAAAGACGUCCAGCACAAAUACUCGGACUGGAAGGAUUUUCUUGUGCGGAGACUCACUGGUGCCAGAACACUGCCACACAACUUCAAGGAAAAGGUCGUGGAGAGCAGUCAGUCGGUGAUCAAGGUCGGACAAAUCCUAGAGGUCGUCGACAAGAACUGCAUCAGCAGGAUGCGCGUCGCAUCCGUCGACAAGGUUGUCGGAGGUCGACUCCAGCUAAAGUAUAAAGACAGCUGGUGUGCGGAAGAAGAGUUUUGGUGCCACCAGGAGUCGCCACUUAUCCACCCGAUCGGUUGGUCAGAGUACGUUGGCCAUUCGUUAAAGGCAUCUGAAGGUUACUGUGCCAAAUUGGAUUCAAAAGCGAUUCAUGAAAACAAGGAAGAGGUGCCUUGGGAGUUCUUCGAACAGCGGGCGGCGUCCGACGUUGCCUCAGGAUUCCAGGAAGGCAUGAAGCUGGAAGCCAUCGACCCGCUCAACCUGUCCAGCAUCUGCGUUGCCACGGUGAUGAAGGUGCUCGACCACGGAUACAUCAUGAUCGGUAUAGACGGAUCGAUGUCUCCACAAGGAACCGACUGGUUCUGUUAUUCGGCCAACUCUCCAUGUAUCUUCCCCGUCGGUUUCUGCGACUUGAACAGGAUUGCACUGACGGCACCACGGGGUCACAGAGGUAUCUUCAGCUGGUUUCAAUACCUGAAGAACACCAAGGCAGUUGCUGCUCCAGUGUCUCUAUUCAGCAAGUGUGUGCCAAAGCACGGCUUCAGGGUGGGCAUGAAGCUAGAGGUGGUCGAUCUAAUGGAGCCGCGACUCAUCUGUGUGGCCAGCAUAGCCAAGGUUGUCGGCAGGCUGCUGAAGGUGCACUUCGAUGGCUGGGGUGAAGAGUACGACCAGUGGGUCGACUGCGUGAGUCCGGACAUCUACCCAGUCGGCUGGUGCCAACUGAACUCGUACAGAAUCGAGGGUCCACGCAUAGAGCCCGAGCCAACGCAGCUAGCGAAGAAGAAAGCAAAGUCAAAAACAAUGAUAUACAAAGGUGUUCACAGGAAAAAGCGGAAAAACAAGACUGCCGCAAAGCUGAAACGCAAAACCUCGUUGACGCUCAAGCGCCUCCUGGUGGGCAACAACGUGCGCGUAUCCUACGCGGCGCCAUCUGGCGGCGCGGCGGCAACGAUCCCCGACGAGCGCGACCACUCGUACGCGCCGUCGCCCGCGCACCAGGUGACGCCACCGUUCACCGACGGCUUCCCGCUUGACGUCGACCUUGACCUUGACGACAUCUCCCUCGUCUCGACGACGAGCUACGCCUCGGCGGCAUCUCCGCGCGGCGGCGGAGGUGGGGGCGCCACCGCGUCGAUCCUGGCCACGACUGGCCGCGCGGGCGAUACAUUGCGCCAUCCGAGAGAGAGUGGUCUCAUGUGGAGGUCUUCUUCAGGGCUCACAGUCAUGUCUACACAGUGA